CUGUCACCAGCCAGGAAAACGAAACCUUCUAGAAGGCUUUUCUCUCUCCCUUCUUUUCUCAUGCCAGCCCUGUUUCAGCCAGAGAUCGAAAAGGAGAAGGUCAUCGAACAGAAGCUACUGUCGGUCCUUUACCUCAAAAAAUGCUGACACUACGGCCUACUUCUUCACUUCCAUUGGACCCUUAAGUUUCCUCUCCACUUUAGAUACGACCCCACAUACAUCGUCAGGUUUUCUCUGUAUUUAACCUGAGAGUGUCACUUUCACUUUGUUGAGGGAGCAAGUGAAUCCCCUCAGCCAAAACGAUGGCCAAAGGCGUGGACACCAGCGAGAUACGACAAUGGCGCUCAAUAGUAACGUUGAUAGUCUUUGUACUUGCUAAUAUUCUGGUACUAUGGCCAUUUCACAUGCCCAUUUACAUCCCAAAAUCCCUCGUCAAUUUAAUAUGCAGAUUAGCGGUCAAAUUGCGAGUUAUUCCUCCAAGCACCCAUCAUGCGAUUCUUCAUGAUAAUCCGAGAUGUUCGAGAUAUUUUGUCAAAGUCACUUUUCCCGUCAAUUUCAUCACCGCGCCUUUGAUCGCGGAUCUCUUUUUACUAGCUAUUUCUGCGAUAGGACGCCAAGAGGUUUAUGAUGGGACUAUAGGCGCUGAUAAUAUCCACCCGAUUGAUAUUAUGGUCUUCUUCAUCACGUUGGCUUACAUUGCUAUUUCUAUCGAUGCGUCGGGAAUUAUUCGAUGGCUGGCCUUCAAGGUAUUGUCUUGGGGAGGAAAAGUUGGUCAUCGGCUGUUCUUCUACCUUUAUUCCUUCUUCUUCCUUCUCGGCAGCUUCAUCGGCAAUGAUCCUAUUAUUUUAUCUGGAACGGCAUUCCUCGCGUACAUGACGCGCGUGUCGAGCAAUAUCACGAGUCCUCGAGCAUGGAUCUUUACUCAAUUCGCAGUCGCCAAUAUCGCUUCUGCCAUUCUCGUCUCCUCCAACCCCACGAAUCUCGUCCUCGCUGGAGCAUUCGACAUCAAGUUUAUCGUCUACACCGCCAACAUGAUAGUCCCAGUCGUCGUCACCGCCGUUGUCCUCUUUCCAUUUCUGCUCUACGUCAUUUUCGCUGACGAGAAGCUUAUCCCUUCCAAGAUUGAGAUGCACAGCUUACCAGAAGAGGCUAGAGCGCAACGGCCCGUGAACCCCAACAUCCCCUACGUUCAGCAUCAAGUCGAAGAUGCGGAGAAUGCAGGCGAAGGAAUGACGCUCUCGCUCGCGUAUAUCAUGAAUCCUUUUCUUGAUAAAAAGGGCGCUAUGUUUGGUGCGCUAAUCAUGUCUGCGACUCUCAUCACUGUUCUGGCCCUCAAUGCUGCUAGCGCCGGGAGUGGAGAGCACCCUGUUUUCUGGGUGACUCUUCCAGCAGCGUUUGUCAUGUUUUGCUGGGAUCUUGGUUUUGGAUGGUUGCAUCGCAAGGAGACACGUCAAACAGCUGCUGCUUAUCGACGGGAGAUGGAGCGUGCGAGAGCUGAACGCGCGCGAUUUGCAGCUGAAUAUACUGGGACUUCACAGGAUAAGUCUGAGCCUGAUACAGACACGGUAACUGGUCUUCCUGAUAACCAGGGCUCGGGAGGUUACGGCCAGACGGAAGGCAUUUCUCUCACUCCGUUACAAACCUCCAAUGACCAGCCCAACUCGCACCCUAUCCCCAAGGUGAUUUUAUCAAACACCGCUGGAAACAGUCCUGUCAUAAUCUCGGGGUCCAUGCCUCAAUCACCCAACUCUGGACCCUCAUCACCAAGCGAUCAAAACACACUGCAUCCCAGAGCUUUAUCUACGCUACCAAACCCUCAAAUGGAACCAGAGAAGCUCGAGGCUGGUCGACCCAUGGCAGAACCAGAGGAACGAUCAACCUUGCUUUCAGAGGCUCGAAAAGGGUAUGCAUCGCUUGAAAGGGCCUAUGAGUGGCUGCAAGAGACUUUCCCAACAGUCAUGGCAGUCAUGGCUCAUCUUCCAUUUGCACUGGUUCCAUUUGCUUUUGCCAUGUUUGUACUAGUCCAGGCUCUAGUGAGCAAGGGAUGGGUCAACGUCUUUGCCUAUGGCUGGUAUCAUUGGUCAAAGCGUACGGGAACGGUUGGAAGUAUUGGAGGGAUGGGCUUUCUCUCAUGCGUCCUGUCCAAUUUCUCUGGUACUAACAUUGGUACCACUAUCCUGCUAUCCCGCAUCAUCCAAGCCUGGAAAGAGAUCAACUGCCACGACGACCAGCUCAUCAGUGAUAGGACUUACUGGGGCACGAUCUACAGCAUGGCCGUUGGAGUCAACUACGGAGCAUUCAGUACCGCCUUCAGCGCAUCACUGGCCGGUCUUCUCUGGAGAGAUAUCCUUGCUCGAAAACAUAUUCAUGUGAAGAGUCACGAAUUCGCACGAGUUAAUUUUCCCAUCAUUGCUAUCUCGAUGGCGGUUGGCUGUCUAAUAUUGGUAGGAGAGGUCUACAUCGUGAGGGAUAACUCGCCAUACUCCUCAUUCGAAAAGGCUUGUCCGAAUAAUCAAUAGAGGAACAUAUAGAUAUAAUAAUUGUAGAUUGUAUAUAGCAACUUCGAACAUACCCA